GCGAAGCUGGGUAGCGUCCUCGGUUUUGUCGAUCACCCUAGUUUGCAUGUGCAAGGUUCGUCGUUUCCUUGUUCCCGCCGAAUCAUGAACGGGAAUCUGUUCUGAUCGACUUAAGUAUUUCUCUAUUUACCCUUUCUCAAGAUAUAUAAACGUGGGGUGUUGAGCCACUUGAGCCUCUCAUCCAAGCUCCCUCCUCCGACAGCCACUUGACUCGCCACUCGAAGACCAACUUCUUUUUCUCACUUCUACCCUAAUGGCUACUGCCAAAGCUGGCAAGUCAAAGCGUAAGUCCAUGUCCAAGCCCAAGACCAAAAGAGCCAAAGCCACAAAAACCAACACCAUCAUCCCUGAGGAUUCAGUGCAGUGUGGGGAAUGCCUUCUCUGGAUCUCACGCAAGAGCGACAUGGGUCGCCACCGAAAAAAGCACAGAGAGAUAGAUGACACACAUACAUGCGAGUUUUGCGGCAAGAAGUUCCGCCAACGCUCCAACAUGGUUAUUCAUCGACGCCAGCACACAGGUGAAAAGCCACUCGUCUGCGGAAUGCCUAUUCCCGCGUCCAAAAGGGCUCCUGCCCGCAAGUGUCAGAAAUGCUUCGCUGAUCCCGCCGUUCGAUUGAAGCACAAGGUCAAGGACCACGGGUAUACACCUAAGCCGACCAGGCCUCGAAAUGCGGGCCUGCCUAUGCCCAAACUUGCCUCUUCCACGCAAGCGUCAUCUAGGGGAACUUCUCGUAAGAAGACUCAAGUCGAGGGGCCAAUCGCGGGGCCAUCAUCCGUUGCGAGUGCAAUGCCGACUUUCGAUCCUGCGCUUUUGGAGGCUGUAAGUGGCUUACAACUUCUGCACCGUCGCGCGGUUGUUUCCCCUUCCCCUCCCCCACUAUACGCGUCGCCUUCCCCAUCGUACGCAUCCCCUUCCCCAUACACCACCCCUUCCCCUCGAUUCUCCCUUGACGGAUACACUCUGCGUCCGGCCACUUGGUCCACAGAGGAGUGCCUGUCCGGUGUUUCAAGCGCCUCUCUUCGUCACAUCCUCAAUUAAAGAUUCCAUUCCUACUUGUUGGCUCUCAGCCGAUGCUUACUGCGCUUGAUUCAGUAUUGUAUUUGUUCAUCGCAAUCGCGAAUUUUCUCUUCUAGACCCCUUUGAUUUCUUCUCAUUUAGACUUUCAUUUUCGUCUUUGCUCUUGUAUGGCUGGAAAACGGACUCGAGUUGGUGUCUAUAGUGGGUAUAUCGGAUAUAUGCAGGGUUCUCGUAUUGUCUCUGAGUUGUUGCUAUUAUUUUGUUUUCGUAUGAUUUGCUAGAGUGUUUUGAAUAUAUACGAGGUGGCCAAGCAG